AUGAUCACCAUCAACACCCCUGUGACCACCAGAGUCACUCUCAUCACAGCCCUCAUCAUCAUCACCACCGUCACCAUCAUUACUACCAUCAGCAUCAUCUCCAUCAUCAUUCCCACGACCAUCACCACUCUCAUUAUCACCAACAUCACAGCUGUCGCCAUCACCAUCAUCCCAAUACUCAGCACCAUCUUCAUCACCACCACCACCAUCACGCUCAUGACCAUCGUCACUGUCACCACUCUCCCCACCGCUAAUACCAUCACCACCAUCAUCGUCACCACCACCACCAAGGUCAUUACCACCACUUUCACCGUCACCAUCAUCACCGUCACCAUCCACAUCAAGGGCUGUCCUUAUCACCUUCAUCAGUCCUUGUCCCUGUCCCCCCCUCCAUUCGUGCCUGAUGCUUUACAGUUUCAAAGCACUUCUGUGUCUUUUGUCUAA